UACCAGACUCCAACUUGUCAGGAGAUAUACAAGACGACAGUACCACAUGACCCAGAGGGCCUGCUGGGAACUCUCACUUCCUGUUUCAGUGCUUCUUGGGGCUUCAGGCUGGUAAAAUCUUGCGUACCUUCCCAGACUGGAAGAGCCGAGUGAAGCGCUUCAUAAUCUGGGGAGUCGUCUUGGGUAGUUCUCAAUCACAACAAUACAG